AGCGCAUCAGAUAAGCGCAGGCGGCAGGUCGGCAAAACACCCUGGUGAUUCGCGCAAGGUUUCAGCCCUAAUGGAUCGGCCGCGCGCGCGGCGUUCCCCGUCACGGCCGUGAGAAAAAGUUCCGACCCGAUGGCCGCAGACGCCGUCCUGAUUACCAACCUGACCGAGGAGUGGGUGGCGAGCCUGCGCAAGUGGCACCUGGAGCUCUUCUUCAUCCCCACCACCGUGGUCACCCUGGCAACCAUGCUGGUGAACCCCGUCCUCCUGGCGUGCAUCUUGGCGUCGCGCGCCUUGCGCCGUGAGACGCGCUACCUGCUGGUGGCCAACACGCUGGCGGCGGACAUGCUGUUCCUCACCCUCAACCUGGCCACCGCCGUUCUCAACGCCGCCGGGGCGGAGCUCCCGUGGUUGGCGUGCGAGCUGGUCACGGCCGUCACCGUCACGGCGUACUGCUGCGCCAUCCUCACCGUCACCCUGACGGUCGCGGACACUUACGCCGCCGUGCGCUGGCCGCUGCACUACCGUGAGCUCCUCCCGCCCGCUCGGACCCACAGAAUCCUGCUUGGGGUGUGGGCGCUGGCGGCGACGUACCCCUUCACGCUGGUCAUUCUGAUGGAGGCGGAGAGGGGCAGCCCGCACGACACGGCGGCCGUCUGCCUCGUCCUCAUCUCGCUGGGUUUCCUCCAGGCCAAAAACACGGCGGGGGUCAACGUCUACUUCUUCGUGGCCGCGCUCGUCUGCGCCACGCUCAUCUUCUACUGCUACAUUCGCCUCUACGUGGAAACCAGAACCCAAGGCAUCUGGCAGAACCGCUUCUCCAGAGCCCGGGUCACCGUCUUGGCCCACGGGCUUCUGCUCCUCCUCUACUUUUCCCCCGGUUUCGUCUUCACCGCGGAACUCCUCCUGUUUCAGAGCGAAGACGUCAGUCAGGAUGUGCGAGUGUGGGUCAGCACGGUCAACAUGUGCGUCUUCAUGCUGCUUCCCAGGGCCUUCGCUCCUUAUCUGUACGGGCUCCGAUACCGCGAGAUCUCCGACACGUUGCUCCAGCUGCUGCAUCGGCGCCGGAGACUCAGCCAGAUCACUGUCGCGUGAAUCAUGAUUUCGACAGACCGAUUUCAUUUGCUCUGCGAUUUUGUCGCAAGCGACUGUGUGACAUAUGUAUAUACAUACAUCUGUACCUUUCAGCUACACUCGAUAAUAUGUGUCCU